AUGGGAAAAUAUGGUAAAUAUAAACGUAAGUAUUGUGUGGAUUGGGAAGCUAAACCGGAAUUUAAAGGGUGGCUACAAAAAGCUACAGAAAGCCAAUCUUAUGAAAAUGAUCUUAAGGAAGCAUAUUGUUCAAAGUGUAAAGUUGUGUUGAGAGCACAUCAUGGUGAUCUCAUUAGUCAUUCUAAAACAACAAAACAUAUAGGAAAAAUGAAAAGUUUGAUUGUCGAAAAACAACCGCGACUGCAAUCUUUUGGUGUGUCGACAGUUACAAGAGAACGAAAAGCUGUUGAAUUAAAACUAGCUGUACAUAUUGCCACUCACUCAGCUAUUAAAAGCAUUGACCAUCUUGUUGAUAUAUUAAAGGUAUCUGGAAAAGGUUCUUCUCUAGAGAAUUUGAGGUUGCAUCGGACUAAGUGUUCCAAACUUAUUAUAAAUGUUAUAUCACCUGCUAUACUUCAGCAGCUAGUUAUGGAUGUUGGUGAUAGCAAGUAUUCGCUAAUAGUUGACGAAUCAACUGACGUUUCUGUGUCAAAAUAUAUGGCAUUUUGCAUUCGAUAUUUUAGUAAACCCAUGCAAAGCAUAACUAAUGAAUUCCUAGGAUUAGUAACUGUUGAACGCGCAACGGCAGAUGCUUUACGAGACGUAACAUUACAAUUUUUAAAAGAACUAAAAUUAAAACCUGAGAAUAUUAUUGGUCUAGGAGUAGAUGGUGCUAGUAAUUUAUGUGGUCGUCAUCAUUCACUGUAUACCCUAUUAAAAGAAGUUUCACCCAAUCUACAACUUAUAAAAUGUCUAUGUCAUUCGCUCAAUACAUGUUCGUCAAAAGCAUCCGAGGUUUUACCUGCCAAUCUUGAGUUCAUGCUCCGGGAAACUGUGUCGUGGUUUUCAUACAGUCCAUUACGCAAUAAUACUGGAUCAAUGGCUUGA